GUACCUCUAGUUUCAGUAAAUUUUUUUAAGGUAAAAUCAUGGAAAAGACAAAAUUAGUGAAUUUGUUAAGUGACUUGAGUAGUGAUGGGUUACCAGGUAGAAAUCAUUCCACAGAAUUAUUGGAAAAUAAAUAUAAGGAAAUUUGUAAGCAACUGGAUUGUGAUUAUGAAAAUAUCCGUAAUGCUUUAAAGAGCACGACUGAUUUGUAUUUUUCAAAUGAAAUAAAUACGGAUUGGAAAUAUAUUUGUUUAAGUUUAUACAUUUUGCACUUGUUAAAUAGAGAACUUGUCUCUCAAGAUGAAUUAUUAAGUGUACAGCAAAGUAAAACCAUAAAAAAUUGUAUAGAUAAUAUUGUAAUAGUCGGAAUUCUGACAAAGAUACAAUCAAAUUUGCCUUUUUAUGUAGCCAUACACCAACCAGAUCCUACAGACAUAUUUUUAAAUUAUAACAUCUUGAAAUGUACAACGCACGGCCUCUGUGAGCUUCUCAAAUAUCCAAUUUUAAGGUUACUGAUUUUACCAGACAGCUUGAGGGCGAUCUUAGUGGCAGUUUAUCAAAUAUGCUUUUGUCCUUUAAAAAAACCCGACCAGAAAACCGAAAGAAAAUCGUCCGUAAUGUCUGAAGAAAUAUACAACAAACUUACCGAAGAAAAGACCUUAUUUUUAAAACUGUUACAACACUUACGUGCAACAAUCCACCCUGGAAUAUUCGUCAAAGAGACCAUGGCUAUAUUUUACACAAGUGCGCCAAACUGGUUCAAAAAAUCCGUGUCGCAUACGUUGACGAGUAUCAUUCGAUCUCAAAACGGCGUAGAGCACGUGGCUGUGGCCCUACUAGAUGGCGCUAACGACGAUAGCGCCAAAACCUGGAAGAUAUUAGAGGUGUUUUCUAAACUGAUCCUGAGCUGCAAGGAUUUUCCAGAUUUCCGGGACAAUAUCUGUAAACAAUUGACCACGAUGUUGGACAAGGUCACAGAUGAAUCUCUAGUUUUCGAAAGAAUUUAUACGCACUGCACGAAAGCGAUAUACCACGCUGAUGAGGAAAUGGGAAAGAAUAUUUUUGUAAGGAGAAUUGUAGUAUUCUUCUUGUACUUCACGUACAAGGAUCAUAAGUUUGAAGAAGGCGAAUUUUUAACGAAUAAAAUUAAACAACACGUGAGAUUGCUUCAUGCGGUUUUUGCGGAAAAGAGUGUAGAUAAUCCAAAUUUGCCCGUGAAGCUAUUGACUCCUGUGGUGAAUGUAAUCUUUAGACUAUACGCUUUUACUUCCAACACCAGCCUUAAAAAUGUAAAUACUGAAUUGAAAGACGUGCUAAUUUCUUUCCUGGAUUCAAAUUCGGUGGACCAAUUCAUAUUAUUUGAUAGUUUCUUGUUUGGAAUCAAUUCAAAAGAGAUUUUAACUUUUAGAAAUGACAUUAUAUUAAAAACAGAGAAAGAAGAUGUAUUGUUAAAUUAUUCUGAUCAUGCUGUGACGUAUUCAGUAGUGGAAAAUUCUGAUUGCUUGCUAGAUCUCUUAAAAAACAGAACACACAUCAGAGUGAAGUUGUUUGGAUACCUUUUAAAUUGUUUGGUUCAUAAAGAUAAAUAUUUUCAUAAGUCCAACGAGGGUCUGCUAAAUAUUGAAACUGAAUUUAUGAGCGAGUUUGUUGAAAGGAAGCUAACGGUGUACAAACUUCUCUCCGACCUAGCAGAAGACAAAGAUAUACAAGCUGUUAUUACUGACGAUCCCCACGAUAUUAUUAAAUACAUAAACAACGUUUUGGAAGCGGCGAUUGCCAAGUCUGUGCACAAAACCACAGAUUUCGAUAGUGAAGAAUUCCAAAUCUUUUUCACCAUUCUCAUGAUUCUACAAAUACUUGUGAUCAAUUCCUCUAAAAUCAAUUUAAAAGUUUUUAAGAUUCUAAACGUAUUGCUUGAGGUUAUAGAGAACGAAACUGUAAAUAAUGAAGUUAAAGAUCUUGUUGGUAAAAUAUUGGAAAUAUUAGAAAGAGGUAAAGCGAAACCUAGGAGAAUGGUAGUAGAAGAGGUAAAAUCAGAAUUAGAUAAGGCCCUUGAGAACAUUUGCGAUCCUCUACUUCCUGUGAGAGGGCAUGGGUUAAUGAGCCUGACUAAGCUGGUGGAGAAAAAAGACAAAAAUGCCAUGGAAAGGAAGCAAUACAUCCUAAAUAUUUUCCAGCAAAGUUUGAAGAACGAAGACUCUUAUAUCUAUCUCAGCGCCAUAGGAGGGUUGUCCGCGAUGGCUGACCUUUUUCCAGAUACGGUUUUGAAGAUCCUUUGUGAAGAAUACUCAGAUUCAUCUAGAGAAGAUAAAGACGAUGGUCAUGAAGUUCGCAUGAAACUUGGGGAAUCUUUGGUGCGAGUGACAAGACUUUUAGGUGACAUGGCGCCGAAGUACAAACCACUGCUAUUGAAUACGUUUCUGAUGGGAGCUAAAGAUGAAGAUGACUUGAUCAGGGCGUCAAGUCUGUCGAAUUUGGGAGAAAUAUGUCGAGUCUUGGGAUAUAAAUUGGGAACGAUUGUCACUGAGGUUCUAGUUUGUGUUCACGCCGUCAUCACUACAGACAAGUCUCCAGAGGCCCGUCGCGCCGCUGUCACAGUCCUGAGGCAGCUGUUGGCGGGUUUGGAGAGCGAGAUGAUAGCCUUUCUCAAGGACGAUAUCCUUCCGAUCUACAGGACUCUCAAGGAGAUCUAUGACAACGACAAGGACGAAGUCGUGCGCCUCCAGGCCCAACUGGCUUUGGAGGAACUCAACGAGAACAUGAGGAACUUUGUUUUCCCCAAACCACAGUUAAACGCCGAGAAAAAGAUUAUUAUGUUGAAUUGAUGGAUGAAAUAAACAGAACUUGUUUUAAUUGGA